AUGCUUAUCUCUAAUUUCUAUUUCUAUAAUUCAGGUACACUCAUUUUAAUUCUUAUUUAGACACAUAGUUCUUUAAUGCAAGAUUGACGCUUUUCGUCUCUAAUUAUUAUACUAAUUUGAUUUGUCUUUUCAUUCUUUUUACACCCAGUGGUGAAGGACGAUAUUAUUUUACAGUUAAAUGUUUAUUUCUUUGA